UUCACAUUUCACCUGUUAGACUCCAUUAACAGCUGAGAUGAAUCAGAGUAAGACAGAGUUGGAGCCUCUUUACUACUAUGAGUACUCUGACUGGUAUUCUGACCCUGAGCCGACCAAACCUCCGAGAGAAGUAAUUUUACCGUGUGACCCGACUGCAGAUGAGAGGUACUUCCACAUAUGUAUUCUGUCAAUAUCUUUUGUGAUGAUGCUGAUCCUUGCAGCUCUCACCAGGAAAAACAAAUUGUGCCAGGGGUUCGCAAGAGGAUCUUCCAGCAUUUUCAGUCCAGCAAACUUCCUAGACCAGACUCAGCAGAAGGGUCUGGUCAUGGCUGUGUUUGGACUGGUCUUCAGUAAGCUGGCCAUGCUGGUGAUUUCCCCAGACCCUCUGCCAUUCAUCAAAGAUACUCCAGUGAGCAUUAGAGAGUACAUGAAGAUAAUUGCUAUUUUCUACUAUCCUGUCCUCUACUAUCCUCUGCUGGUCUGCGGCACUCUGCAGUGCAGUGCUGGUUAUGUGUUCGGGGCACUCCUUUCUUUCACUCACUUUGGGGUUCUGGUGUGGCAGAAGUUUGAUUGUGCAAAGACACCAGAGAUCUAUAAGUACUAUGCCCUCCUUGCAAGUCUGCCCCAGUUGGCCUGUCUGGCAUUUCUCUGUGUUCAGUUUCCUGUGCUCUUUGUGAAAGGACCAAAGACGGAUGAGGAUCUUGACAGCAGCUACUACACUGACUAUGUUAAGUCACUUCUCAAGAAAAAGUCCUCAUCUGUUAGUUCCUCUGAGGCAGAUAAACCAUCACUGGUAGAGAGAAUACUGGAAGUGCCAAAGAGUUAUAUUUAUUUACCUGAAAAAGUGUUUCAGUUUCCUCUGAAGCUAGCAGUCUCGUCCUUUGUUACCUGUGUGGCCAUCUAUCAGACUGCGCUGUUACUAGUUGUCCUGGUGGUGCCUACUCUUCACAUAGUCCAUGCAGGAAUUGAUGAAAACAUCGCCUUCCUCUUGCUGGGAUUUGGGAUUGUCUUAUCAGAUGACAGGAUGGAGGUUGUCAGAAUUGUGACUUUCUACACUUGGUUGCUGGAAGUGUGCUACCUCUGUGCAAUGACGCUGUCUUGUUUGGUCAGCCUUGUAAUGCUAAUGAGGUCCAUGGUUCUUCACAGAACAAACCUUAAAGGACUUUAUAAGGGAGAUGUGUAUAAAAAAUUUAACAGCCAGAAGACCAUCAGUCCAUCCAGAUCUGGUGUUUUCUGCUGGAUGGGUCUAACCGGAUACCAAGCUGCAAUCGUUUGCCUCGGAAUGGCGAUCCAGACCUUAGUUUUUUUCAUCUGCUUCUUGUUUCUGGUAUUUUUAAUCAUCAUUCCUAUUUUUUAUGGCCGUAAUAUUAUCGUUUUUGAAGUUGCUGGAAAGACAUGGCCAGUUUGGGUGACGGUCAUAUUGGUUACGGUACUUCAACAUGUAACUGCUAAGAUUUUCUUUGUCAAAAAAGACGCUGCUACAACAGACUUGAAUAACAGAGAGAGCCUCUUUCUUCUCACCUACCUUCUGUUUGUGGCCAACAUUGUGGUGGGAUUGAUUGCCGCUAUUUGGAGAAUGAUGAUAACAGCUUUGUACAACAUCAUCCACUUUGGUCGGAUAGACAUCAGCCUUCUCCACCGAACAGCCGAGUCCCAUGAUCCGGCUUACAGAUAUUACACUCAGUUUCUGAAGGUGGAGGUCAGUCAAUCUCACCCAGUGCUUAAGGCUUUUUGUGGACUACUGCUGGACAUGAAGGUUGAGACUGGCAGAGCCGGACAGAAAAUACAAGAUGCAGAAGAAGGAGUUCAGGAAAACGGAUCCAACAAGGCAACGAGCAGUCGAAGGGUCUGUGCUCGCUGGCAGCUGAUGUACACACUAGUGAACAAUCCAUCACUGCUGGGCUCCAGGAAGCACUUCCAGACACUACAGAAAUCUGAAAGUGUCAGGAAUGGCACGCCCAACCGCAGUUCCAAGAAGAGCAGCCAGGCGGAGGCAGUAAAGACAGAAGCAGAGCCUGUUCAGUCCUCUGAGAGUCCAUCAAGUCAGGAUAAAACUGAAUAAAUCAGCAAUAUACUCCAAUAACAAUAGAUUUAGCACUUAAUGCACUUACAAACUUUUAAGUAAAGGUCAUAAAAUUAUAUUGCUACACUGGAAUUAAUAUGGAUUAAGUAUUGGCCCAAAUGUUAAUCAACA